AGGUUCGAGAUUCUCCGACAGAAAUGAGCUUACUUCAUUUGGCAGUAAAAUACCGACAAGAAGAAUGUAUAAAAAUAAUACUAGACUACAAUAUUCCUGCGAAAAAUUUUGGAAAAGACAUUAACGGAAAUUCACCAUUACAUCUGUCUUGUGACUGGAGAAAUGUGAACGUAUUUAAUUUGUUGUCAAAAAAAUAUUAUUCUAUUUUACGACAAAAAAAUAAAAUGGGCCAAAACGUUCUGUAUUGUUGCACUAAAAAUAACAAUAUAGAAUGUAUCAAGAUUUUACUACAGUACCUAUGUAAAUCAGACAUUGAUGAGCCAGAGAAUGAAACUGAAAAUAGUCCAUUUAUAUUAAGUAUUUUAAACAGAAAUCUUGAAAUUGCUAAAAUUUUAUAUCAACAUGGAGCAGAUGUAAAUUUUUCUAAUAAGAGAGGAAUGACUGCCCUGCAUUUUUGUGCUAUAAGAGGAAAUGAAAGAUUUGCUAAGAGACUGAUAGAGUGGGGAGCAAACGUAAAUUGUGCCAACGAACAUGGAUUAACUCCUUUAAUAUUUUCUGCCCGGGGAGGAAAAAUAAAAUUAAUUAAUUUAUUAUUAAAAAAUAAAGCCGAUAUAAAUUGUGGUGACAAUGACAAAUGGACUGCUUUGCAUCAUAGUGUGAAAACAAAAAAUGAAGAUGUUGUCAAAAUGUUACUUAAAAAUCAAGCAAUUAUUAAUUGUAAAAAUAAAUUUGGAAAAUCCCCAAUUAUAUUGGCAUGCUCUUCUAAUCUACCUUCAAUGAUUAGGAUUUUGUUAAACAACAUUACAGAUCCCAAACAGUUUCCGACGAAUUCAAGAAAAAAAGCUUUGACGAUUUGCCAAAACCAUGGAUAUAAAGAAUGUGAGAAAAUAAUUCAAACAUGUAUAAAUACUGAAGACAUGACAGGCAAAUUUUUACGAGUCAAGACAAUUAACCGUUUAAUGGUGAGAAGUCAACAGCAAGGUUCAAUUGUUACAAUAAGACGUUCGUUAAUUUCUACAACAAUAGGAACCAAGAGAAGUAAAAGAAAAAGACGAAGUAAACCAAAUAGAUCUCCUUCCGUUCUAGAAUGGUUUUACCAUUUUUAGGAU